AUAUAUAUAUAUACACACACACUUCACCUAAAAAUGUCACGACGUUUGACAUAAAAUAAAUUUUUUUAAUUUUAUUAAAUCUUCGAUAAAUUUUUAUUUCUAACAAUGCCACCAAUACUAUCGUGUAUAAUUUACUUGUGACGUGAUGCACUGUUUGACUAAAAAAAAAAAAAUAAAAUGUGAAACGUAUUAAAUUAUAUUUAUAUAUUAAUUAAAAUAAAUAAAAAAGUAUUUAGACAAUUAGUAAAGUAAAAGUAAUAUUUAAUAGAAAUUUUGUGAAAGCAAUAAAACAACGAAUGUCUGAAUAAAAAAGUAAAGUUUAUACAUAGGUUAUAUCUUAACAUAAAAAUGUUAUAAACAAUGAAUAAAGCAAGAAUUACAAUUAGGAAUUCUUAAUAUGUAUUUGGAGUACUUUACUGAAGAUAUUUGAUAAUAAUUAAAUAUGGAACUUCAAAGUAAUAAACAUCUAUGUACAAAACCAAUUAUUGGCAUUUUUCCUGCGCUGGAUUUAAAUGUCGACGAUGUAGAUGUUCCUCUGAAAAAUCCAACUAUAACAUACCUGGAUAUUUUUUUUCUGGUAUCUUCAAUUCUUACGCAUAUUGUGGACAUGGCAAUUGAUAUCAAUCUUGCUAUAAGAUAUUUAUUAGAUAGAAAAAUAACAUACUUUAUAUGGACAACAGUUUUUAUUUUUUUACCUUCAUUUAUAAAUUGUAUAAUCAGCAGAAGAAUGCAACAACAAGAUGACAAGAGAAAUGAAACAACAAAUCCUCCUAAAUUUAAUUGUGUACAUGCAAUGUUAACAAAAAAAUUGUAUUGCAUUGUAGUUGUAAUAUUUCAAUUAGCACCAGUAUUACGUUAUUACAGAACUUUAAAAUAUGCUCUUAAUGCUUGUAAAUAUGAAAAACAAGGUGACCGUACUGCUCAAAAGCGAUAUUACCUUAAAAUGCUAAAAGAAGAUCAGGAUGUCGCAUUAUUAAGAGUAGCUAGUAUUCUUAGCUCACUUGGAAGUAUGGGAUGGGCAAUGGCUAGUUAUCAUCGUAGCAUUAGAUUGGUUCAACAAGAUAAAUUAAAUAUUGGCAACACAGGAACAGUUCUUCAAUUUUUAUGGCAUUUUUGUACUACAGAUUUGAUAUCUACAACAAGUUUUUUAGUUUCAAGGAUAUUAUCUCUAAGUGUUUUGGCAAGUGUGUGGCCAUUAUAUACUGCUAUUGGUUGUAUUUUUCAUUGGAUAUGCAUGACUAUUUGGAUCAUUAUUGAUUCCCAUGGUAUUUUGGAAUUUUGUAAGGAUUCUAAUCAGGCUCCACAUUGUUCCCCAAAAAUCAAAGAACGCGUUUAUUCUAUAUUAUUUUCCAUAGUAAUUGGUGUAAUACAUGUGUUUAUAUAUCUGAAAACAGUAGAUGGUAAUACAUUCCUUAAACAUGUAUUCUUCUAUGUAAUAUGCUUUAUUGAAAAUUUAAUAGCAAUUGCAAUUUGGCUAUAUACUUCAUCAGAUGAAGUUAAAAAUUCUUGGUACUUCAAUGUACUCAUUGUUCUUUGUAUUGUACCAUUUUUAUUAGGUAUAACAGCUAUGAUUGUUUAUUAUGGUAUUUUCCAUCCUUCUUUAAAACAUCAAAACUGUGUAAAUAUAUAAUUUUAGAUCGUUGUAUUCAUAUUUAGUACAUAUUUAUUGCAUACAAAUUUUAUAAAUAUGUAAUUUCUAUCAGUAAUCAUUCAUUUUCAUCAAUUAUUUUUUUACAUUUUUAUACACAUAAAUUUAUUUUCUAAUUAUGUACCUGAUGUAAAUUUUGAAAUCAAAGAAAUUAUCUUGAGUAAAUAAUUUUGAUACAUGUGUACAGUUUUUAUUAUGCUCUCUAUAAUCAUUAUCAAUUCUAUAUAGAAGUAUUCAAAACUCAUAAAUAUAUAAAUAUGAAAGAAAUCUGUAAAAAUUGUAACAUUAAGUACUCCAAAUUUAUAUUCUUUAAUAGAUGUAUAUUCAAUAUAUUCAAUAUAUUUUAUAUAUUUUUGUAAUAAAUAAAGUCAAUUAUUUUUAAUAUCUUAAUCAUUUAUAUAUUAUAAAUCUUUUUAUAUGAAAUUCUAAUUAAAAUUUUAUAUUCAUCUACACAUGUAUUUACAAAAAUGCAAUAUAUAUUUAAAAACACUUUUGAAUGUACAAUAACGAGACUUUUUUAAAUAAAUAUAAAAAUUUAUUAAAUUUUAAAAUAACCUGUUUAUUAAAUUUUAAAUAUAACACAAAUACUUUGAAUAUAUAUUAAUUGCAAUGUCAAUAAAUAAUUUUUGCUUCUAUAGGUGACCUAAUUAUAUUUAUGUUUAAUUGUUUUGCAGUGCUUGAAACAUUAA